AUGACAACAGUUUCCAAACUAAUCAGCUUGUUCAUCAUCGUUUUACUCCUGAUUACUUUUCCUGCGUUGUCUUGUGGGGCACGUAUUCUUUUUACUCAUUCAGAUGAUGACACCGUGGUCUCAAAAGAAAGGCAACAACAAUACCUUCGUAUGCAUCGCAACCUCAACAGGAUUGAAGAGCGCAUCGCUCCCUUCGAAGCUGAGCCAUUCCCUUAUUCCACGAUGAUCCGUGCCAUGGAUUUUUCUUCAUGA